AUGUUCAGUUUAGCUUAUUUGCUUCUCCCGGCACUUCUAACGUUAUUGGGCCCUUCGGCCUGCGCUUCUGACGGUGAAGCAAGAAUUUUGGAAGUAGCAAACUCAUUGGAGACAAUAACAGCCAACAAAAUCGAUGAGUUGAAAAAAGUCUAUACAAAAACCGUACAAGAAAUAAAAACAUUGGAGAAAUUAAGGCUCAGCCUUGUCAAGGAAUUGAGGAAGCUCAACACCCACCAGCUUGCAAACUCGUUAUGCAUAGAUGGUUCGACAGAUAUUAUUGCAGUGCAGACAAAUUCAAGCUACAGUUUCCUGGAAGGUUAUGAAUUUCAGUUGGUCAAUGGCAUACUGAGCGAUGCUUUGCAGGAGGCACUUUAUUGCAAAACUCCCACACAAUUGGUAGAUGCUGUGUUGAAUCUCUAUGACGAGGGGAAUCCUAAAUCUUACGAGGUAUUAUUGAAAGCGCAGAUAAAACUUUUCCAUAUAGCCAAUGAUAUGCCUGCUGUAAAGAGAGGCAAGGAUUUCUACGGCAAGUUUGCCUAUAAUUUGCAUAAACUCAAACAAAUGCAGAACUUUAAAGACUUAAGCGCCAAUCUGAAACAAGAUAUCGAUGAUAUCGUCAAUCGAUUGCCCAACAAUUUGCAAUAUCUGUUCUUCCACUCACACUUUUGUCUUAUGAAUGACAAGUAUCAGGAAUACAUGUACACAGCAAUGGACGCCAAGAAUUUGGAUUCUGUAAGUCGCUACAUUUGGGCUUGGUAUGAAAGAUGGUCCAUAGACGAAACUGGUCACAUUAAAGCCAAAAUAUACGAAAACCAUAAAGCGAAGGACUUUGGUUUUCUAGCACAACUUUGGGGUAUUAAAUAUGAUGUAUCCUUUUACAUGAAGCCUGACUCGAAAUUGGUAGCCGCUUGGGAAUUAAAAAGUGAACCAGAAAACUUCAAUUGGAAUAUCCAUUUUGUGGAUGAUGAUCGAGUGGUGUUGUCUCAAGGUGAUUAUGUGGUGUGCUCUACCGAAGAUAAACGCGAUAGCGAGAGGCGACAAGUUAGAGGAUACAAAAGUGUACGAUAUACCGCCGAAUCUAAAGAAUGUCAAUGGUUAUUGGGAAAAUGUAGUCGAUGA